UUUAGUAGCAGAAUAUUGGUUGGCAACCCGUACCAAGUGUGAUUUUAGUAGUUGAAUUUUCGAGGCAACCCGUACCAAGUGGUAUAUUUUUGCAUGUGUAUUAGUGAAAAUCUUAGGAUUUGUUACUUGUAGAUUUAUACAUUGACCAACCCGUGUAUCCGAUACAAAGUUGAGAACGUGAGGUAUUUUAAAAACAUUUGCGAUAACAAUCAAACAGUGUCAAAACAAAUUUGAAAUACAUCGAUUAAAAACUGCGGCAAUAAUUACUUCAAAGUUGUUAAAUGUAUUCAAGUUCAAGAGUCACUUAAUAUUAGUAUAAAAAACCUGACUAGGGAUUAAUAUGACUAUGUGUAUAAUUCAUAUCAAAUAAGUGCCAUAUUAAAAAUGAUUCAGAGCAGCAAUAACAAAAUAAAUAAAAUGGCAGCCAACUAAAAUAUAGUACACAGUGUAAAAGAGAAUUUCAAGUUUCACAUACAUAAAUAUUACAAUAUCAGAAAUGUUGCCCACUCGUUGCGAAAGUGCAAAUUCAAGCAGAGUGGACGCGUUGAACGAAAAUAUUGAAGAUGAAGACGAAAAUGAGUUCUUCGAUGCCAGCAGUGAACCAGAAGACUUUAAGGACUUUGAAAUGGAUUUAGAUAACGCUCUGGAGGAAGCCAAGUUGGCCAUUUGUUAUUUUUUCAACAACAAAUUCGAUGAAGCUCGCACUUUGUUGCAACCAUACGCGCAUGUCAGCAUGUACCAUUCAAUGGGUAAUGCUGUUUUUAUAUUCCUGGAAGCAAUAUUAACAUUUGAACAGCGAUACAUUGCCAGAGCCGGAGAUGAAUUGAAGAAGUGCUUAAGUGUUUGUCAACGUUAUAAGCGCAAAAACACUAUUACACAGUCCAUCGGGAAGAAAUUUAAGAGGACUAAUUACACCCAACUCACUGAUUUGGAGGCGCAUGCUGAACUAUGUUAUGCAGAGGCGUUGCUCCUGCGAGCUCUACUCACAUUCAUUGAGGACGAGACUUUAACAAGUUUGAUACGCGGAGGUAUGAAGAUACGACAUUGUUACAGUAGCUACAAGGAGUGCGCUCAAAUACUUGUGCAAAGACAAUGGGAAUCAGAUGUGUCAAAAGUGCAUUUCGAGAGCGGUGUGCGAAUGGGUGUUGGCGCCUUUAAUUUAAUGAUUUCUUUACUGCCUUCAGGUGUUAUAAAAGUCUUGCAGUUCAUAGGAUUCUCUGGAAAUAAGACUGCUGGUCUAACUGAUCUGAACACCGGGUAUCAUUUGUCCGGUCUACGUCAGGUGCUUUGCGCCAUGACUUUGCUUGGUUAUCAUCUGAUAGUUUGUUAUGUGACAAGUCAUCAGGGAGGUGAUUUAGAACUGUGCCAUAACAUUCUAGAGGAACAAUUACUAUUGUAUCCUCAGGGUGUGUGGUUUCUUUUCUUUAAGGGCCGACUAGAAUUCAUGAAGGGUAAUCUGGAUGAAGCGCAGUAUUGGUAUAAAAAAUCAUGGAAAUCACAAAACGUCUGGACGCAAUUCCAUCAUCUGAGUUUUUGGGAGUUAUUGUGGGUAAACUGCUUGAAGUUAGAUUGGCGCGAGGCGAGAUUGUACGCCAGCUACUUAGUAGAACAAAGCAAAUGGUCUCGUACAAUUUAUUCAUAUCAGCAGGCAGUUAUAAUGCUAAUGAACGAUGACCUUAACGAUAUUGAGCGGCAAACCGUUGAGCGUCUAAUGCGAGAUGCACCCAAGCAUAAGCAACGAAUUGCUGGAAAAUCACUUCCAAUGGAAAAAUUUAUUUGUAAGAAAGUUGCACGGUAUUUUGCGCAAAAUGAUUACCUGUGCCUUCCAGCUGUUGAGCUAAUGUUUGUCUGGAACACAUUCAAGGUACUUGGUAAAAAUUAUCAGCUUGCUGACAGUAUUUGCCGCUUAAUCGAACGCCAAAUGGAACAGUUAGCGCACAGAAAUGUUACUGAUAUUUAUGAACUCGAUAAUCAAGCGUUAUGUUUAUUAUUACGUGGCGCUUGUUAUCGACAAAUGAAGCAACCAUUCCUCGCAUUGCAAGAUCUUGAGGCAUGUAUGAACUUGGAAAGUCAAGUAAGAGAGGAUACAUAUUUGAUGGCCUACGCCUGUGUGGAAUCAGGACUGGUGCAUGCAGACGAACAAAACUACGAUUUGGCUUUUGCCACAAUUGAGGAAGCAAAAAAGAAAUACACUGGAUUUUCGCUUGAGUCACGCCUGCGUUUCCGCAUCCAUGCUGCACUCAUGGAACUAAAGGAAAACUUAACGAUACAACAUGAAGAAAAACAAUUUAAAUAAACAUAUUACAUAAGCAUGAAAUAAACGUAACUGACUUCGAAAACGUAGUACUGCAAAGUAUCGAUACAGUAUGACUUCAGUAUUUAUACAUCAUCAGCUUUCGAUGAUUAUAUCGUACCGAUUUGCAAUUGGUCAUACUUUAAUGAGUUUUUGGGAAAAGUGUCCGAGUUAGGUCUGAACCAAAUUAAUUUAAUUUUGAAUAAAUUUGGUAAAUGCUUAGAUUUAGUAUAGUAGUUGAUACCCCACCAAAGUGUUCUGUUAUUCAGAGUAAUCCUUUUGUUCUACCAGAGGACUCGUAUCAUCCUGCUUUGGAAAUAACUGUCGAAUUCAUAGGCGAUGUACUGGAUAGCAAUCAUCAAACUUCUAGCUUCUGUACACGGUUCUUUGCAAAAGCUAACUUUAAAAUGUUUAAUAGGACAAUGUACUGGGUAGUAACCAUCAAACUUCUAACUUCUAUACACGGUUUAACUAUGCAAAAGCAUAACUUUUAAAAGUUGAGUAGGAAACUUUCUACUUAAACUUGGCCUGAUUAUAAUGAAGAUAUUGAGUGUUUCGCAUUUUAUUUACGCCAAGAAAGCAAUUAUUUGAAAAGUAUGUUCCAAUUGUAAUUUUUAAUAAAAGUACAAAAACUCGAGCUUUUAAACAUUAAAAAAAAAACUGGUUUAAUUGUCGACUAUUCUAAAUAUUCUGCAUUGCGUCGACAGUAUUUAGACCUAAAUGAAAAAUGUUAUACUAUUUGCUUAAAUAAGGUUAAAGAAAAUAUUGUACGUUAUCCAAAAUUGUUUUAUGAUUUCAUUAACUCCAAACGCAGGAUUUCCAAAUUUUCGUCCGUGAUGAAAUACAAAUCUAUCAUGUCACAUAACAAUCACUAGCAUUUUUCGAAUUAAAUGUACUAAUGCCCCUAAAAUUUUUUCCAUCAGCACUUUAUUUUAUCAAUUAACUGUCCAAUUAUUUCUGAUGAAGACAUCUUACUUAAUUUAAAUAAGUUAAAACCAUAGUUUAAUUACGACCCAGAAAUGCUUCGUAAAAAAUAUUGUCAAAUAUAUCUACUUGCCUUUGACAAGGAUAUUUAAUUCCUUGCAAAACUAUCAUUUAUACCUAAACUUUUUGAAGCUAUCGUCGCAGGUCAUUACUUUUUUGAUAUCUCCAUUAAUUUCUUCUUCACAGGUUGGAUUUCGUAAAGGGAAAUCUACUCUAACAAAUUUAUAUGAAUUUUUUAAAAAUGGAUCAUUGGAUUUUAGGGAACAUAAGUAUACGGAUGUUAUAUCAACUGACUUUAGCAAAGCUUUUGAUAAAGUAAAUCUCUCGACGCUCGUACAAAAAGCUAAUCUUCUAUGCUUUCAGCCAAGUACACAUCGAGUGAUAUUUGAUGAUAUUCUUUCAGAUACAAUUAAUGUAUCUUCAGGUGUUCCGCAAGGUGGAAAUUUUGGCCCGAUUCUGUUCUUGUUAUUUAAUAACGAUAUCUCCUCUGCAAUAGAAUACUCAACAAUUUUCUUACAUAGAUCCCGGCGACGUAAAGCUUAUUAAAUCAUAUACUUCAACUGAUGAGAGGUGUCUGUUGCAAAAUGACUCAAAUAAUUUGGUUGUUUUUUGUAAUCGAAAUGAUUUGCCAUUGAAUCUCAAAAAAUGUAAGACGCUGUGCUUUUCCCGUGGAUCUGUGCACCCCUCUCCUUAUUUAUUAAAUACUAUAGACUAGAACUAUGGACCCUAUGUUUAAUUUGAGUCUUCAUAUUGAUACUAUGGUCUUUAAAGCAAAAGGUGUUCUCAGUUUUGUUAAAGGUUGGUCUGAAGAAUUAAGAGAUCUGUAUGUUACUUUUAUAACUUUUGUUAGGACCAAAUCCGUUAGAGUCUGUUCAAAAUCAAUUUUUAUUUUUCGCCUUAGGGAAUUUCCGAUGGGAUUCUAGGUUAAGUCUAUCUCCAUACACUAGUCGUUUAAAACUUAUAAAUGUCAUAAUUUUAAUUCCUGCACAUUUGAUUUAUCUAACUAACUUGUCAAAAUUAGAGGGACUAUAUUGUUUUCUCUUAAUAAAUAUAAUCGUAACAAUUUGUUAUAACGUAUAUUUAAAUCUUAGCUGUUAAAAUUUUUAUUUCUGUAGCUGAGCAGUUUUAGAUCUCGACGCUUAAAAAAACUCUCUUGCCUUUCAUGAUUCGGCUACUUCCGCACGUAUGCGGAUUACGCCCCUCGCGUCGAUUGGGCAGGAGGAGGGUAAUAAUUGGGUUAUUAUUAUUACAUAUAAUAUAAUAUAUUUAAAAAAAUAAUAAUUUUCCUCCCGUUAUAACCAGCUACUAACAAAUUAAAUUCGUCCAAACAAUUGCGUUUCUUUUUCAGUACGUUUAUAUAACUAUUAAAUUUAUCUGUUCUCAUUUAUUUAUACCCCAAGGUACGAAUUAUAAUGUUCCUAUUUUACCGAUGCUUAUUACUCGCACAUAUUUUCAGCUUGAAGUUAGAUUGGCGCGAGGCGAGAUUGUACGCCAGCUACUUAGUAGAACAAAGCAAAUGGUCUCGUACAAUUUAUUCAUAUCAGCAGGCAGUUAUAAUGCUAAUGAACGAUGACCUUAACGAUAUUGAGCGGCAAACCGUUGAGCGUCUAAUGCGAGAUGCACCCAAGCAUAAGCAACGAAUUGCUGGAAAAUCACUUCCAAUGGAAAAAUUUAUUUGUAAGAAAGUUGCACGGUAUUUUGCGCAAAAUGAUUACCUGUGCCUUCCAGCUGUUGAGCUAAUGUUUGUCUGGAACACAUUCAAGGUACUUGGUAAAAAUUAUCAGCUUGCUGACAGUAUUUGCCGCUUAAUCGAACGCCAAAUGGAACAGUUAGCGCACAGAAAUGUUACUGAUAUUUAUGAACUCGAUAAUCAAGCGUUAUGUUUAUUAUUACGUGGCGCUUGUUAUCGACAAAUGAAGCAACCAUUCCUCGCAUUGCAAGAUCUUGAGGCAUGUAUGAACUUGGAAAGUCAAGUAAGAGAGGAUACAUAUUUGAUGGCCUACGCCUGUGUGGAAUCAGGACUGGUGCAUGCAGACGAACAAAACUACGAUUUGGCUUUUGCCACAAUUGAGGAAGCAAA